AUGGCAUCAGGGGCGGAGGAGCUGCGGGGCGGCAUUGGGGGCGGCAUUGAUGGUGGUAUCGAUGGUGGCAUUGAUGGUGGCAUCGAUGGUGGCAUCGAUGGCGCUGGUGCGGAUGGCGCUGGUGUGGGCUCGGGAUCGGCUACUGCAGGCACGGGAUCGGCUACUGCAGGCACGGGAUCGGCUACUGCAGGCACGGGAUCGGCUACUGCAGGCACGGGAUCGGCUACUGCAGGCACGGGAUCGGCUACUGCAGGCACGGGAUCGGCUACUGCGGGUAUGGAAGCAGCUAGAGGUGCCGGCUUGGGCCUGGCGGCGGCGGCACGGGUGGUGGCAGAGCUGGCGGCGGCGAUGGCGCUGGAGGUGGAUGGCGCCGAGGGCAAUGCCGAUGUGCGCGAGGCGGUGCAGGCGGCGGCAGACGCCGCGUGGUCGGGCGUCCCGGCCGGAGCUGAGAAGGACGCCGUGCGGAGCUUCCUGGCCACAGCAGUCGGCGACGGGUUGCUCGACCCUCGUGUCGUCCGCGUCCUCGGCAUGGUCAACCAGGGCUACGUCGCCCCGGUCUCCAUUGAGCUCAAGCUGCGCCUGGGCAUGGACUAUCUCACUGCUGACGUCCGCGACUCAUGGUCUGUCGCUAUUGCCGUCGAUCCCGCUGCUCGCACCAUCACGGUCACCCACUCCAAGGCCGAGAUCGGCAUUGCUGUCCCGCUCUCGCUCGCCUGGUCGCUCACCUCGGUCGUCGCUUGGUCUGCCGCCCCGGUCCGGGACACCCUCCUCACCACCCGCCUCACCGUCGACGCUCUCGACGUCGCCGGCCUCGAGCCCGCCCACAUUCGCCACAUCCAGGACGCGCUCGGCCCGUACCUCUCGCCCGACGCGUACACCUUGUCGGAGCUCUCGCUCGCCCGCGUCUCAUCAUCGGCCGACCGCCCUGCGCUCUCGCUCAUCAACAAGAGCCUCACCGCGCUCCCGCCGGCCCUGCUCGACGCGCCCGACGCGCCAAGCCUUCUCUCCGGUCUACACCUUGAUCUCAACGCACUGACCGCGCUUCCACUACAGCUUGCAGCCUUUGCCUCGCUCCGCCACCUCACCGCGGUCUCAAACAAGCUCGACGUCUUCCCGGACGCGGUUCUCGAGCUCACAGCGCUCGAGGUCCUCCACCUCGGCUCGAACCCCAUCACCGCCAUUCCGCCCGGCAUUGCUGCCCUCGUCAACCUCACCGAGCUCUCCAUGUCAUACUGCGCCCUCACCAGCCUGCCCAUGGCACUCGCCAAGCUACCGCGCCUCGCAAAGCUCUACGUCUCCAACAACCGGCUCGAGUACAUCCCCACCGACCUCGCCCUACUCGCCAACCUCGAGGUCCUGCACAUCCACAACAACCCGCCGGGCUACCCUUCCGAGCUCGAGGGCCUCUCCGUCGCCGACAUCAUGGCCUAUCUCCGCGCCCGUGGAUGA